CCCAAAGAAAUUUUCUACGAGGGUUUUAGUUUUCUUCUUCCCAUUCCCAACUCCUAAACCCUGCCAUUUCCAUCUUAAUCUUCAUUCUACAUCACGCAGAUGGAGUAACCCAUUCCUCAUCCAAUUCCCAACUAUGACAACAUUUCUUCUCCGAAAGAAUCUUCUAUUUUUCACUUCUUCACAUUCUACAUUUCAACCUCGCACACUUCUUCUUCGCCUUCAACUCUGCGAGUUUUCAUCUUCUCCCACUCCGUAUUCUCACUGGAAGCGUCACGAUGAAGAAUCACGCAAUGUUAGGGUUUCUGUUUGGUGGGAUUUCGAGAACUGUAACAUCCCUGCCGGUGUUAAUGUUUCCAAAGUAGCACCUGCUAUCACUGACGCCGUUAGAGCUAACGGAAUUAAAGGUCCUGUUCAUAUUACUGCUUACGGCGAUGUUUUGCAGCUUUCUAGACCUAAUCAAGAAGCUCUCGCUUUCACUGGGAUUCAUCUUUCUCAUGUUCCCAAUGGUGGAAAGAAUAGUGCUGAUAGAUCUCUUCUUGUUGAUCUUAUGUAUUGGGUUUCCCAAAAUCCUCCGCCUGCACAUCUCUUUCUGAUAUCUGGUGAUAGAGACUUUGCUGGCAUAUUACACCGAUUAAGGAUGAACAACUACAAUAUCUUGCUUGCAAUUCCAGAAAAGGCUCCUGAUGUUCUUUGUAGUGCAGCAACCAUAAUGUGGCAGUGGACUUCAUUGCUCAAGGGAGAAAAUCUAACUGGGAAGCAUUUCAACCACCCUCCUGAUGGUCAAUUUGGUUCUUGGUAUGGAAACUCUAAAGUGCCUCUUGAAAACCCCUUUUCAGCUGCCGAGCAGUCACCAUCUUCACAAAAAGUACAAAUUGUGGAAAUCAAUGAACCUUCCUCAGACUUACAGCCAGCUGGAGGAAAUCCAAAGUCAGUUGUGAGGAUUAUUAAGCAUAUAUUGAAUUUACAUCCAAAUGGUAUUGCCGUUUCAGAUCUUCGUGCAGAGCUGACAGAAUGUAAUGUGUCAUUGGGUAGAAACAUAUGUGGAUAUAAAAGGCUUUACCGCUUUCUAUCAUCAAUACCAAAUGUACAUCUCCAGAAGGUAGGAAAUGGUAAUUUUUGUGUGAAGUUGCUCCCCUCAGAGUCCCCCGAACCCUCUGAAAGCAGCACUACUCUAUCAACGGCAUCUGCUGUUAAGAAUGAGGAGAGGGGCUACACAACAACUCCAAAGCUACACAGUGAAGAUAAAGACAUGGAUAAAGACAUAUAUAAGAAUCCUUCAUUAUAUUCAUUGCAGGAAAGGAUCAUUGAAGAUGAUUCAAAAUCAUUACAAUCUAUCCCUUCACAAGGAAGACCUAUCGAGGAAGAUGUGCCGCAUGAAUCAUCUUUAGGCAGUGAGAAGGUUGUGGAUGUGUCUAAUGCACAACUGUCGGAGACUCAACUUUCACCAAAGGACAAUGAUGUUUCCAAAACUGAGAUUGGUUCCUUUAAAGUAAGAUCUAAAAAGUCGUUUGAUGAUGACAUUGUUAGGUCUGAAGAUGCAAGUCCAAAAGUUCUUGAAGAAUACACCACUUCAGGGAAUCUCGCUGCUGGUAUUGAUCACACAAUGGUGGAAAACAAUGAUAUAGCAAGUUAUGAUUCUGGAAAAUCUAUAGGAAAGAACAAACAUGUGAAUCAACCUAGAAAGGAGGUUGAUGAUCAAAGCCCAUAUACUUCAGCCGCUGAUGACUCUCUAGUUGAGAAAAGACCUGAUGGUUGUGUUGAAACUUACAGCAAAAGAUCAACUUUCUUUAGCUGGAUUAGAAGUUGGUGGCCAUUUGGGAAAAGCAAUGCAAAGACUGAUGAUAUGACUGCUCAUCAGAAUAAGGUGACUAGUAGUUUUGAGGAUUCAAAGUCAUCUGAACUGAAUCAGACUGCUAGUAAUCUUGAAGAGCCCAAACCAUUAGAACCACAGCAGGAAGAUGUCCGUCAUUCUGGAAAGGCUGAGGACUCCAAGUUAUCUGAACUAGACCAGACUGCUGAUAAUCUUGAAGAGCCCAAGCUAUUUGAACCACACAAGGAUGUCAAUCAAUCAGGAAAGCCUGCGUUAUUUUCUAGUGGUUCCUUUUGGAAUGACAUGGAAUCUUUUGUUUUCAGCCCCAAAGGAUCACUUCUUAUUUCCCAGUCUAGAAGCAGGGAGGAUUUGGCUCACAAAUUACAAAAAUAUCACCCUGUGGUUCUCAAAUCUCUUACUAAAAAUGAUAUCUUUCAAUUGGUGGAAUUGUUAAUAGCAGAAAAAAAAUGGUUGGAGGAAAGCCCCUCACAAGCAUUUCCUUUUAAACUAACUCGAUCAGUUCAGAAGACUGCGUCAGGCCUGUCUAAUGAUUCAAAUAGUUUGAGAUCUUUCUUUAUAACUAAUAGAACAUCGCAGUCCAACUUACCAAAGUCAUUUGAAAAUGACAAGGAGAAACACACUCAAAGUAUUCAGCAAACGGGAGUUCCCAGACUUGCCACUGAAAAGAAACAUACCGAGAGGUCUAGAAGUGUUAUAUUUCGAGAUUGUGAGAAACUGGUAACUGAUAUAUUGAGGGAACAUCCAGAGGGAUAUAAUAUAAGCAGUAUUCGAAAACAAUUUAAUAAUAGAUAUGGCUAUGACCUUGAUUUCAAGAAACUUGGUUAUAAGAAGAUGGCAUACUUGAUACAGAUAAUGCCUGGGGUUAAAGUAGAAUCCAGUCAUAUUUAUCCUUCUGCUCCUGCUGUUUGUGGUUCUGACUCAGAAACUUCUAUCCUCAAAACUGUAGCAACCAAUGGCGGUGAUGAAAAAUUCAACUCAGAUAAUGAAUUAUCUGAUACAGCCCCAAAAGAGUAUAACAUGGAAUCUCUUUGGGAGGAAUUAGGCCCUGUUUCUGCUAAAAACCUUGAUCAGAAUGAUUUGAAAUCAAAUUUAAGUCAGAAAGCAAUCAAACUGGACACACCAAAGAAUCCUGAUUAUGAACCUGUUGUCUCAGAUUAUGAUUCUUCUGAUACUGAAGGGGAUAGCUCUUGUUUAACUAAACCAGAAGAUCAAGGAAAGCCAAAAUAUGAUGAGCAAGACAGUUCUUUUUGGCAAACUCUGGAUUCCUGGCAUAGCACCAAGGAAGAAGAGAAUAGAGUCCAUAAAUCCGAAAACAUUGUUGACUUGCAAGCUCUGGAUUCCCAGCAUAGCACCAAGGAAGAAGAGAAUAAAGUCCAUAAAUCCGAAAACAUUGUUGACUUGAGCAAUUCUCUGUUUGACAUAUUAAAUUCAUCCACAGAAUCCAAACAGGGUGUUGUCGUUUCCAAAAAUACUUCAGGGAAUUAUAGAGAAAAGCAAAGAUCUCAAAAGUAUUCAUUUGUUGCUGACCCAGCCUUACCCAACAAGGACAAGUUUUUGGGUGGGCUACUAAAUGGCUUGAAGAAAGAGGAUGAGUCAAAGAUGCAAAACUGAGGAUUUCUUCGUCUAAACAUGACACGGGCCUUCCUAAAAUUCCAUUUUAUUAAAAUUUAGGAUUCUGAUUGCUCAAGAUUACACAGACAGAAUGAAGUGCCUGGUAUGUUAUAUCAAGGAAAUGAUGGUUUAGCUGACCAUAGUACUGAUUUUUCAAUUGAGGAUGAUUCAUAUGCUUCCAAGCCGCGACAUGGAAAUUCUUUACAUUUGAUCUUUUAUUUAUUAUGGCCGGAGGAACAUCUCACAUCUGAGUAUGGUAAUUUACGUGCCUUAUCGGUAUCUAACCAUUGUAUAUUUGUACGGUGAUGACUCGUCACUUCGAAAGGAGCAUCUGCUACACAAAUGUGGUAAGGUAACUACUCAAUUUUUGUUUUUAAGGCCUUGUAUCCUCCGUUUAGAUCCCGCCUCUAGUUACUGGGCGCCACAACUUAUAUUUCACUAGGUAAUGAUGGAUCAGAACUUUUAUUAUUUUUUAGUUACUAGCAAUGAUAUGUUUUUAUCUUCUUUUUUU